AGGUAGUUGCUCUGGGUGGGAUGGCAGUCCGACCGGCAGCUCAAGACCUGAAGACUUUACUGGGGGACGUUUCUCAUGAGCGGGAGUCAGAGUCCAGCCCGGAGAGAGACGCUGGUAGUUUCAACACAGAAGGAAACAACAUUCACUUUUAAUUAGAUGAAUGUGAAUAAAUAUUUUAUGAGUGGGUUCACUCAGAGACAAGUUGCACCGCAGCAGAGGAGCACUUUGGAGACAUGGAAAACGUCUGUGAGGGCGGUUUCGAGAAACCGUAGCAAGGAAAAGAGGUAAAAGGGCAACAAGGAGGAACCAUCUGUGGUUGGUUAACUGAAGGCUCCUUGAUCCUGCAAUGCCAGAAGAAGCUAGUAAGGAAGCAAUGAGAACGCCAGCGACACCAGAGAAGGCCAAUAACAACGAGCGUCCUGCAGCCCCCGUGACGUCGGUAAACAUCCCCCUGGUCAAUGAAGUCCAGCUGACCGCAGCCACCGGCGGGACGGAGCUGUCCUGCUAUCGCUGCACCGUCCCGUUUGGCGUGGUGGUCCUGAUCGCCGGCAUCGUGGUCACCGCCGUGGCUUACAGCUUCAACUCACACGGAUCCACCAUCUCAUACUUUGGCCUGGUGCUCCUCUCGGCCGGACUGGUGCUCUUAGCGUCCAGCGCCGUCUGCUGGAAGGUGAGACUGGAGAGGAAGAAGGAGAGGCGACGGGAGAGCCAAACCGCCCUGGUUGCAAACCAGAGGAGUAUUUUUACUUGAACUAGUAGUCCGGACGACACAUAUCCUAGUUUUCUGAGUCUGAAAGGGCCUGAUUUUGAGAUUGAGUUAGUUAACCAACUGUGGACAGAUGUUGUCCAGCAUGUGUUGGAUUUCCGACCUGUAAAAGCUUUGACCGCAGACUCUCAAGGCCCAGAACUUAAAGCUUUGAAGACAUUGUAAGGGAUUUAUUUGUUGAGCAGACGUCGAGCAUCUGGUGAGCUGGGAAUGCAGCCAGAAGGACUGUAUCACAAUUAAGAUGAAUUACCACUGUGCGAAGCCAUGUAGAGGAAGUCUCCCAUUAAUCUGCUGUUGGAUGUGGCGGCUUUGAUUGUAAUGGGAGGGAUUGUGGUUUGAAAAGCCCAGGAAAGGAGAGGGAAACCAGGACAAUGAUUCAUGCCUCAUUUACUAUGCUUCAACUUUGACAUAUCUGUUUAGAAAGUCUGUUCACCUCACAGGCAAUGAUUAUGAAUUGCCUGUUAUGGAAGUAUGGUACUAGAUAUGAUGAUUUCGUUUAAAAUCUACCAAUAUAUUCUCUUCAGCAUGUCAGAUUAGAUGGCAGAUGAUAUUAUACAUAGAGAGAAUACCUAACCUUAAAUAUAUAUUCUCUUAAGGCACUUUGAUCCUUCAUAAUCAUCAUAUUCAGUAUUAAACAACAUCUAUUAACAAAUUAAAUAAGUGAUACAUCCAGAAUUGUGAGUAGUUUUGCCUAUUUUGACACAUUUGGAAUAAUCAAAUAACCAAAAUUAAUAUUGUGUUGGGUGAUGAUCACUUAUUGUCCAGUGUACUUCCAUACUGUAAAAAAAAAUAUUAAAUGUAGCAUAUGUUUUGUUUUGAUGUAAUCAUUUGCAUGUAUUAACUGUUACCAGGACGUGAUGAGGUUUAAUAAACUCAUUGAUACUCAAA